AUGACCUACUCGUUUGGCGUGUUCUAUGCAGAAUUCCUGACCUACUUCAACGAGGGCAAAGGCAAGACUGCGUGGAUCGUGUCUAUCCUUGUCGGGGUCACCCUUAGCUCAGGUCCAAUUUCAAGUUCCUUCGUUAACCGUUGGGGAUGUCGAACAGUCACCGUAGCUGGAGCGUUACUCUCUGCUGUAUGCGUGGUCCUGUCGGCAUUGGCCAACAAUGUAAAUACUCUUAUCAUCACGAUUGGCGUAGGCACAGGUGUUGGUUUUGGUCUGAUCUACCUGCCAGCAAUUGUCAGCGUUACUGUGUGGUUCGAAAGAUACAGAAGUCUUGCCACAGGCAUCGCCGUGUGUGGAUCGGGACUAGGAACAUUCCUAUUCGCCCCGAUAACCUCCGCCCUCAUAUCGAACUAUGGCUGGAGAGGCGCAAUGGCUAUCAUUGGAGCAUUAAUCCUUAACUGCAUCCCGCUGGGACUUAUGUUCCGGCCCGUUCCUGAAAGACCAAGGACACCUGUCACAGAACCAAUGCUACCAAAAGUAGACAAUAACAAUAAGAAGAAACUCCAAAGAUCUCAAAGUAUAGAACAUUUCCUACGUGUAAAUGGAAAAGAUGAUGUAGCGAGACUAACUCUCUCUCAACCCGCUUUAAAUAAGCAUCAAGAACAGAAAAUGGGCUCUCGUCAUGGUAGCGGAAUUAUGCAAAGACCUGACGUCUUAUACCAAGGUAGCAUGACCAGUAUAUCAAGAUAUAGAGCUGCUUCUAUUGAUAGAAAGAUGACAAAAGAGGAGGAACAAGAAGAAAAGUGUGCAUGGCUGCCCUGCUCAAGAGAAUUCAAAGUAGCGUUAUCAGAAAUGCUCGAUGUUUCUCUGCUGGUAGAUCCUGUUUUCCUAUUAUUUUCUGUAUCAAAUUUUCUAACUAGUAUUGGAUUUUAUAUUCCAUAUGUGUAUACUGUGCCCAUGAGCGAGAAACUUGGCAUUGAAAAUCCACCUUACUUGAUCUCCAUUAUUGGUGCCUCUAAUUUGGUGGGAAGAAUCAUUCUUGGAUACAUCAGCGAUAAGCCCUGGGUGAAUCGCCUGUUGGCUUACAAUAUAUGCCUGACGAUUGCUGGAAUAAGUACUGCUGCAGCAAUGUUUUGUUGGGAAUUUUGGGGCCUAGCGAUGUAUGCAACAGCAUUCGGUUUCACUAUUGGUGCUUACGUUGGCUUAACAUCAGUGGUGCUAGUCGAUCUCCUGGGACUAGAGAAGUUGACCAAUGCCUUUGGAUUGCUUCUACUAUUUCAAGGAAUCGCUUCUCUUAUUGGACCGCCCUUUGCAGGAUGGCUUUACGAUACGUAUCAGUCCUACUCGCCAGGAUUCUACGUCGCUGGCGGAACUAUCUCUCUGAGCGGCAUUAUCCUAUUUCUCAUUCCUGUCUUCGAAAGAAGAAAUAACAGGUGGAAGAAUCAGGAAAUGGUGCUGGAGCAAAUUUAG